AUGGACCCCCAACAACGCGUGUCCACGGCAGAUCCUGUCGGUGGUGACUAUCUCGACGAUCCGAUCAUGGAGACCGGAGCAGACGGUAGAAUUGAAAUGGCCCAAGAAGAGAUAGACGCGAUCAUCCGCAACAAGAGAAAAGUGCGGGACCCCAAGGCCUGCUAUGCGUGCCAUCGCCGCAAGGUCAAGUGUGAUAGGAACCUACCGUGCGAUUCUUGUGUCAAGAGAGACCAUCCUGAGCUGUGUUCCUACGAGCGGCCCACCAAGAAGCGGCGCAUUGCCCUUAGUGGUGCCUUGGCCCAACGCGACGGCGCUGGAUCGGAAAGCCCAAUUCAACAGAUUGGUCCCAACGUCACGGUGCCGCGAGAACAGUGGGAGCGGCUGAACAGGGAAUUACAACAGUUGCGCGGUGUGGUCAAAACCGAAGAACAGCUGUCUCCAGCCUUGGUGCAGGCAGAUUUGGACGACGCAAACCGCACGGACACGCACAGUCGUGGAGACGAGACAGAGAGAGAAGGAAUCCAUGCUCCCAGCAAUCAGAUGGGGACCAUGCACCUGGGCUCGAGAUCCGUUCUAGCCUACAUGAUGGGCCUUGGCAGAAGCAGGUCGGCUCAGGACACUGCCAAAUCCUUGCUGGAGGAGAACAUUCUACCCAAACUUGGAUUGGAUAACGAGAGCGCCACUUAUCCGUUUGUCGACUUGUGGAGUACCGAUUCGAGCAUGCAAGACGUCAAUGGUUUGUGUAAAGCUAUUCCAGACGACGAGCUGUGCAACGAAUUCUUCGUCGCCUAUAGAGAUGUCGCCUGUACCAUUUAUCCUGUCGUUCCGGAUACCUCCAGCUUCGAGGACACACUACACUUUAUGCUUUCCAAUCGUGCUCGUGCACUGCGUGACAACCUCGAACUCGACCCCAACAAGCCUUAUGGAGUGUCAUUGCCCUGGCUAUCACUGGUGUUUGCUGUCUUUGCGUCCGGGUCUCAGUCCUCAGACCGGCCAGCCAAAGAGAGGGAGCUCACAUCUCAAGUUUACAUCUGCUGUUCCUAUCAAGCGCUUCGGAUGUCUAACUUCCUAACACAUCCAUGUUUGGAGACUAUUGAAGCCUCGCUGAUCAUUGGAAACGUUCUGUCCUACAACAUGAACCCGGGCGUGGCGUACAUCUUUCUGGGCAUGACACUCCGCAUGGCAUUCUCAAUCGGAUUGCAAAUAAAUUCGCAACAAUUCACAGAUGCCGAGAAAUGGACCCGUCGACGAAUCUGGUGGGCGCUCGCAUGGCAAGAUUCCCAUUUCGCAGUCAGUUAUGAUCGACCUACGUCAAGCGUGCUGUGCAUUCCGGAUAUUCCAUACGGCAAGUUUAGUUCCCCAGGAGAUCGAAGCUACGCCGAAAGCAUGUUCGCCAUCAUCCGACUGACGCAGGAAAUCAUCCGCGAACGUCUGCUACAUCCUCGAUCUUACAUGACGUGGGAUAGGAUUCAAAAGUACACCGAAGAGAUUACGAACAUUGUCUCACAAGGUGCUGCUCACCUCCGAAACCGAGAGCUCUGCUAUAGAUUGACUCAACAUCUUGAGCGUCUUGCAUUGAAACUGCACAGCUGCUAUAUCACGAGCGAGCUGUGUCGGCCUGCGCUGAAAGCACCACCUCCAUCUUCCUCCUCGGCUGAUAAUUUGACACCAGUCCAGUCGCCUCCCGGUGGUCGUCGGAGGACCUCGGGCACAACUGGUCAAUCCCCAAGCACAGCUCCCUUCGACGCGACGGCCAUCGCGCAGUUUCGCAACUUGUGCGUGCAGAGCUUGGAAGGAACUGUCGAGGCAUACGUGGAAUUGCACGGCUUGAGCAAAUUCGCCGCUCGAUCCUGGAUCGGAAUCCAACGCUCCAUCUCUGCCGCAUUCCUGCUAGGGACGCUUCCGGAAACGAGUCGCGACCCAAGACGACUGUCUCUCCUUCGUGAGUUAGAGGCAGUCAUCUCACAACGUACGCAUGAAGACCCAACAUUCGACCUUCCCCAAGACGCGAGCCCCGCUACUCAUCGCCGCUUCUCGAAUGGAGAGCAACCACCCCUUGCAGAAUCUCCACAUUGGGCACGCAGCAUGGCCAAAUCACUCAACGCGUUGGGCAAAUUGAAUGCCGCGCUGGCGGGACCGAGAUCGGUGAACACAAACAAGUUUCAGAGUACGCCGUAUGGACAACAGUCGUCAACCAACUUUAUGGGAUCUUCAUCCACCUUGGCAGGCAGCUCAUCGUCACCGACAAUACAAUCGCGAUCGUCCCAAUACCCGCCGCUCUCGGGCGUCAAGGAGGAAACAUACUCACCAUCGCUCAAUACCACCAAUACAAUCUUGGGGCUCGGCGGUUCCAAUGGCAUGGGAAGCAUGGGACCUAUCACGCCGGAUAGCACGGGUAGUUCUGGAGAUUGGAAUUUUGGUAACAUGCAUGAGAGGGCAGCAGAGUAUGUGCAGGCGCCCUUGUGGGGUGAGGGUGCGAUGGGGAGUUUCACGGGGUAG